UAACUUCCAUUUUCUCUCUCCUCCUCAUAAGGGUAUCUGUUAUUUCCCACAACAACCAUCAAAUACACAAAUAAGGCAAAAUGUCUCUUUCUCUCUCCUCUACCUGUUAUUUCUCUUCCACUAUUAUCAAUUCAUAAAACCAGAAACAACCGUAUUUUUAAUUACCACAUAUUUUUAUAAUCAUCUUGCUUGGUUGAUAAUUAGUUUUUUUUGUUCUAAUGGCCGCGGCCGCCCCGUCGAAGAAGAUUAAGGAAUCUAAUGUAAUCGGGGGCCUUCUUCUGGGGCGGUACGAGCUUGGGAAAUUGUUAGGUCAUGGGACAUUCGCUAAGGUUUAUCUCGCCAAAAACGUCAAAACCGACGAAUGUGUGGCUAUCAAGAUUCUCGACAAGGAGAAGAUCCUUAAGGGUGGUCUAAUGGUGCAUAUCAAGAGGGAGAUUUCGAUCCUCCGCCGUGUUCGACACCCUAACAUUGUUAAACUGUUUGAGGUGAUGGCGACGAAAUCAAAGAUUUUCUUUGUGAUGGAAUAUGUUCGUGGUGGCGAACUUUUUAAUAAGGUGGCCAAGGGUAGAUUGAAAGAGGACGUGGCCAGGAAGUAUUUCCAACAGUUGGUGUCGGCUGUGGGAUUCUGCCACGCCAGAGGCGUAUACCACCGUGAUCUGAAACCGGAGAAUCUAUUAUUAGAUGAAAACGGAGACCUCAAGGUGUCCGACUUUGGGUUGAGCGCUGUAUCGGAUCAAAUACAACAAGAUGGGUUGUUUCAUACUUUUUGCGGUACACCAGCUUACGUUGCGCCGGAGAUUCUAGCAAGAAAAGGGUACGAUGCGGCAAAGGUAGACAUAUGGUCUUGCGGGAUAAUAUUGUUCGUGUUAAUGGCAGGGUAUUUACCAUUCCAUGACCCGAAUAUUAUGUCGAUGUACCGCAAGAUCUACAAAGGAGAAUUCCGGUGCCCACGGUGGUUUUCUCCCGAAUUGGCAAAAUUGCUGCGCCGAUUGCUGGUCACCAAUCCCGAUACCCGAAUCACUAUUCCCGAAGUCAUGGAAAACAAGUGGUUUAAAAAGGGUUUCCAGCAUGUCAAAUUCUAUUUCGAGGACAACAAAAUGUGUACUUUCAAAGACGAUGAGACAAGCAGCAACUUCGAUGACACAGAAUCAUUGAAUAACGAAUCUGAAUCCGAGUCUGAGUCCGGAUUCGAAAUACAACAACGGAAGCCUAUUCCAGGUCUACCUCGUCCGGCCAGCCUUAACGCGUUCGAUAUUAUUUCCAUGUCCAGAGGGUUUGACCUGUCCGGGUUAUUCGAUGAAGACGGAGAAGGGUCCAGAUUCGUCUCAGGAGCCCCUGUUUCAACUAUUAUUUCCAAAUUAGAGGAAAUCGCUAAGGUGGUAAGUUUUACAGUUAGGACAAAGGAUUGUAAAGUGAACUUGGAAGGGUCUAAAGAAGGUACGAAAGGACCAUUGACGGUACAGGCGGAGAUAUUUGAGCUAACACCGUCGUUGUGUGUGGUGGAGGUCAAGAAACAGGGCGGCGACAAGGGGGAAUAUGAGGAUUUUUGUAAUCAAGAAUUGAAGCCUGGCCUCCAGAAUCUUGCUAUUAGUGGUCAUAGUUCAUCCGCCGUCGAGCUUGGUGGUUUCGCUAUUGGUGGUCAUAGUUCGUCUUCCGCCGACCUUGGUGGUUUUGCUAUUAGUGGUCAUAGUUCGUCUGCCGUUGAAGUUGGUGGUUUCGAUAUUACUAGUCAUAAUUCGUCCCACGAGGUUAGUGGUUGUGAUGGUGGCGAAACCGUGAAUUUGCUGCCGUCGGAUAGGGAGUAAUCCCGUAUUUUAUUUUAUUUUAAUUUAAUGUUAUUAAUUAAUGUAAUUUUUUUUUUUACAAGUAUAUGGGGAUUAAAUUGUCAAUUAUCUAGCGGCAGAUUUUUGCUUUUUAAAAGUUUAGGAGGCAGGGUUAUUAUUGUUGUAUGGUUCAGAACAAAUUAGUGAGAAUAUACCUUAUACUAAAAACUUA